CAACUCCGAACAUAAGAGAUGCUCGGAAUACGCUUCUCUUGUUGCCUGGGAUGAUCUGAUAAUUGAUACUUUCUCCGAAGAACCUGCGAUCAGUAUACUGAAGAAUAUAUAUAUCGAAGACAAUUCAUUUUGUUUAAAACAGAAUUUCAGGCGACUACUUCAUUUACCUCUGUUAGUCAUACCAAAAUGCUUUCUCAUCGUGGUCAAAAAAUCGCGGAUCAAACGAAGAUCCCAUGGCGCUUUGCUUUGGGUACCACUUACGAUCGAGAAACCAAUCCAGACGGGAGAAUUUCAUUUGCGACAGCAGAAAAUUUUCUCAUACAACAAGAGCUCGAAGAUUUUGCGAACAAUAAGGUCUUCUUUCCUGGCAAAGCAUUUUCCUACAGUUUCAGCACCGCAGGAGGUGGUCCAAAAUUCCCAACAGCAUUGGCAGGCCUCCUCAACGACUACUUCAACCCCUACGAACCUAUCACCGGAAAGGAUAUUAGAGCGACUUCUGCUGCAACUGCACUACACGAGAUCCUUGCAUUCAGUCUUGCCAGUCCUGGUGAGGGCGUGCUGUUCUCACGUCCCUACUACGGCCGAUUUGAGCUUGAUUUCGGAAACAAGGCUCAAGUCGCGGUUGUGCCCGCAGACACUCAGGCAGAGACCUGCUUUCAACCCGAUGUGGUAGACGCUUAUGAAAAGGCCCUUCUAAAGUCGAAUAGCGAAGGCGUCAAGAUUCGCGCUCUACUAAUUGUCAAUCCCCACAACCCACUCGGGCGAUGCUAUCCCCGAGAGACCUUGGUGGCUCUCAUGAAAUUCUGCCAGAAGCACCAGAUCCAUUUUAUCUCCGAUGAGGUCUACGGACUCUCGGUCUUCGACUCUGGCGAGCCAGAUACUGUCCCUUUUACGUCGGCUCUCUCUAUCAAUCCAACCGAUAUCAUUGAUCCCAAUCUCCUUCACGUUACAUAUGCUAUGAGUAAAGACUUCGGCGCACCGGGUCUGCGCAUAGGUGCGCUGAUAUCGAAGAACGAGGACCUAAAAGAAUCGCUCUUGAAUGUCAUUCGCUUCCAUAGCACUUCAGGGCCAUCCAUAGCCAUUGCAACGGCCAUGCUGGAAGAUCGCGAAUGGGUUCGAUCGUUCAUCGGCAAAAGCCGUGAACGCCUUGCUGAUACGUAUAAAUUUGUCAUUGGGCGGUUGAAUGAAAUCGGAAUCAAGUACCUGAGAGGGACUAAUGCUGGGUUCUUCGUUUGGAUCGAUUUGUCGCCGUAUCUGCCACCGGAGAGCGAGGGGUUGUCCCAGGAAAGACGGGAAGAAGUCCUUGCGCAGAAGUUCAUUGAUGGUGGGCUUUUCUUGCAGCCGCAUGAGGAACAUGCUCUCAAGCCUGGAUGGUUCAGGAUGGUGUACUCGUCGAUGACUCGGGAGACGCUUGAGUUGGCACUGAAGAGGUUUGAGAAUGUUAUUAAGGCGUAGUCAAUGGGAGGACUUUGAACCAACUAGGGCACCCUAUCAACCUAACGAAACUAAAUCCAAAUUUCGAAAUUAUUUGACGAGAGAUUUUUUUUCAUACAGAGAAUAGCAUCUUUCAAAUUUGCUUUAGCGAAUAGUACUACUUCACAUCUGCGUGUCAAACAAUAAUUGAAGUACUUGAUUCUGAAUCAUUGAACGAAGCAUUUCAAAUGAAAUCAAAAU